UUUUUGGUUCCUCUCCUACAGAAUUUUUGUGGCAGUGGCGCAUGUUUAUCAAUUUUUUCGCAUUAAUUUCACCGUCCUGGUGUUAUCAGAUUUUGAAGGCAAUUUAGAUAAAAAAAAUCUUAACUACCCUACAAUAAGAAAAACAGUGCUGACUGAAAACAAGUUCCUCAGUUUGAAUCAAAUAUCCUGCCAUGGCGGACGGAAACAGUUCCGAUGAAGAUUUCGGUGACGAUUGGGUACUCUACGCAAAUCGUCCGGAAUGGAGCGAUGUGGUGCCUUUGAAGCAGGACGAUGGAGAGAACCCGGUGGUGAUGAUACAGUACAGCGAAAAGUUCAACGAUGUGUUCAGUUAUUUGCGUGCCGUCAUUUCCUCGCAAGAAAAGUCCGUCCGUGCACUGGGGCUUACACAGGAUGCUGCAAAGCUGAACGCUGCCAACUACACGGUUUGGCAGUACCGUCGGGACAUUCUGAAGGCCCUUAGUUCCAACUUAUAUGACGAGCUGGACUACAUCGAGGGAGUGAUUGAGGAUAACCCAAAAAACUAUCAGGUAUGGCACCACCGCCGAGUAAUCGUGGAGUGGAUGAACGACCCGUCCCGGGAGCUGGAUUUGACGGAAAAUAUUUUGAACAUGGAUGCGAAGAAUUAUCAUGCCUGGCAGCAUCGCCAAUGGGCCAUUAAAACUUACAACCUGUUUGAAGACGAACUGCAGUACGUCGAUCGGCUUAUCUCAGAAGAUAUGCGUAACAAUUCUGCCUGGAAUGAGCGGUUUUUCGUGCUUAAGCACGCUGGUUUCACUGGCGACGUUUUGGAGCGCGAAAUCAACUACGUGAUGAACCGCAUUCGGCUGAUCAAGAACAAUGAGAGUCCGUGGAACUUUUUGCGUGGAUUGCUCCAACAAGGUGACGGUACACUGACACAGUUUCAAGAGGUUGUUGAUUUUUGCGAGGACCUGUACAACUCGGGCAUUCGGUCGCCCUAUUUGUUGGCAUUUUUGAUUGAUCUUUACGAGGAGAAGUACUUCGAGGCGAAAAACGCUGGGCAGGACCCGGAGCAGUACCAAAUCAAGGUGCAGGAUUUGUGUGAGUCGAUGGCUAACCAGCACGAUACCAUUCGUUGCAAAUACUGGCGUUACAUUGCAGAUAGCUUUAGGAGGAAGAUCGAGGGUCAAGUAAAUCUGAACGGAUCGUAAGAAUUUGAGGAUAUUUUUGUUAUUUGAAGUGAAGUCUAAAACAUUUUAUUCAACAUGGUGUACUGCUAGCAAUUGUACGAAUGAAGAAGCCAUCAUAUGCCUGCCAA